UAUUUUAUAAUUUAUUUUAAAGCGUAAUUCAUUUCAGAAUUCGUUCAAUUCACUUCCGUGUCCAUGUGGAAUCGCACUUGACUCUUGUAAAAACAAUUAUAGUCGGUUUCCCGGUGUCACAAUAUGACCCGCAACAGCAGUUAUUAUAAGAAGCGAUCACGUAGCAGAUCGAAUAGUCGUGACCGCGACAGACGUCGAGAAAAACGACGCCGGAGUCGUUCCCGCGAACGUAGCAAAUCCAAAGAUCGAAGCAGAUCGCCGGAGCGAAGUUACAGCCGGAGGUCUCGUAGCCGAGAUAAAGAAAGAGAUAGAGAUCGCAGCCGGAAAGAUCGAAAAUAUGAGUCUUCGAGGUCGAAACGACGUACCAGAUCACGUUCCAAGGAUCGUUCGUCUAGAAAUUCUAAACCUCAUACGAAAGAUAUUCCCAAAGAGAAAGUAGUACCGGUGAAAGAAGAAGAAAAGAAAGAAGUCAAAAACGACGAUGAUUUGUUUGAUCCUUCCAAUCGAGAUAAAGAAGUUGAAGCGAAGAAACUGGAAGAAGAAAUGAAAAAACGUCGUGAACGAAUCGAAAGGUGGCGAGCCGAAAGAAAAAAGAAAGAAUUAGAAGCUGUUCGCAAAGAUAUAAAAUCAUCUAUUUCCAAUAUCCAGAUACCAAGCAAAAAAUGGAAUUUAGAAGACGACAGCGACGAAGAAGAAGAAAAUAAAGAUAAAGAGAAAGAAACCCCUGCUGCUCCGGUGGUCGUCGAAGAAGAAGCCGAAGAAGAAAUUGAUCCUCUAGACGCUUUCAUGAUGGGAGUCAACGAAGAAGUGAAAAAAGUGAAUAAAUUAGACGAAGGUAAAGCUGUAAACCCAACUCCAACCAGUGGAGUUGUCAUAAUGACCGGUGUAGCUAAAAAAACAAGCGAACAGAAAAGGAAAGGGGAACUAAUCGAGCAAAAUCAAGAUGGUUUAGAGUACUCGUCCGAAGAAGAAGAGGAAGAUUUGAACUCGGCUGCUGCCAACUUGGCGAAUAAACAGAAAAAAGAUUUGGCUAAAAUCGAUCACUCCGGUGUCGAAUAUAUCCCGUUCCGAAAAACAUUUUACGUCGAAGUUCCUGAAAUAGCUAAAAUGACCAAUGAAGAAGUAGCUAAAUAUAGAGAGGAUUUAGAAGGUAUACGAGUCCGUGGUAAAAAUUGUCCUAAACCAAUCAAAACAUGGGCCCAUUGCGGAGUCAGUAAAAAAGUCUUCGAAGCACUGAAGAAACAUGGUUUUGAGAAACCAACUCCUAUUCAAGUUCAAGCUGUUCCUGCAAUCAUGUCCGGUCGAGAUACGAUAGGAAUUGCGAAAACUGGAAGUGGCAAAACGCUAGCAUUUGUUUUACCCAUGUUACGACACAUUCUAGACCAACCCGAGCUCUCCGAUACCGAUGGCCCUAUUGCUAUGAUUAUGGGUCCGACGAGAGAAUUAGUUAUGCAAAUUGGUAAGGAGACUAGGAAAUUUACUAAAUCUCUCGGAUUACGAGUGGUAUGCGUUUAUGGAGGUACUGGUAUCUCGGAACAGAUCGCUGAGUUGAAAAGAGGCGCCGAGAUCAUCGUCUGUACUCCUGGUCGAAUGAUCGAUAUGUUGACUGCUAAUAAUGGUCGAGUUACCAAUUUGAGACGAGUCACUUAUGUUGUUUUGGAUGAAGCUGAUAGAAUGUUUGAUAUGGGAUUUGAACCUCAAGUGAUGAAAAUCAUCGACAAUAUUCGACCAGACAGACAAGUAGUCAUGUUCAGUGCAACGUUCCCUCGUCAGAUGGAAGCCCUAGCUAGACGUAUUCUAAAUAAACCCAUCGAAAUUCAAGUCGGUGGCCGAAGUAUAGUCUGCAAAGAUGUCGAACAACACGUGAUCGUUUUAGAAGAAGAUGCGAAAUUCUUGAAAUUAUUAGAAAUCUUGGGCCAUUAUUACGAUCAAGGCAGUACGAUAAUUUUCGUCGAUAAACAAGAGAACGCCGAUACCUUGCUGAAAGACUUGAUGAAAGCUUCAUACAGUUGCAUGGCUCUACACGGAGGUAUCGAUCAAUACGAUAGAGAUAGCAAUAUAGUCGAUUUUAAAAACGGAAAGAUCAAGAUUUUGAUUGCCACUUCGGUCGCAGCUCGUGGAUUAGACGUCAAACACAUGAUCCUGGUGGUGAACUACGACUGUCCAAAUCACUACGAAGACUACGUGCAUCGAUGCGGACGCACGGGUCGAGCUGGCAACAAGGGAUUCGCAUACACGUUUAUUACCAAAGAGCAAGAACGUUUUUCCGGUGACGUUGUUCGCGCUCUCGAGCUUUCCAAUGUUCCUGUGCCCCCCGAAUUGGACACUAUGUGGGUUCGGUACCGAGCUAAGCAAGCUGCUGAAGGUAAAAAAGUUCAUACAGGAGGUGGAUUCAGCGGAAAAGGAUUCAAAUUCGAUGAAACCGAAGCUGCGUUGGCGAAUGAGAAGAAAAAAGUACAAAAAGUUGCCUUAGGUUUACAAGACUCCGACGACGAAGACAUCGAAGGCGAUAUCGACCAGCAAAUUGAAAGCAUGCUGGCUCCGAAGAGAAUCGUCAAAGAGAUCAAAGCACCGGUUGACGGAAACGCCGCCACAACCGCUGCUGUCACCGGAGUCACCGCAACUACUCAACCUACCAACGGAGCUACGUCGAUGAAUACGGAGAAAUUGGAUCUGGCUAAACGAUUGGCUUCCAAGAUCAAUAUUCAGAAGAAUCUCGGUCCGGAUGCCAAAGCAGCGACGCAACAGACUGCAGAAGCCAUUAUGAAGGGUGGUGCUUCUCAGCCUCUGAUUACGGCCAAAACAGUCGCCGAACAAUUGGCAGCCAAAUUGAAUAACAGAUUGAACUACCAACCGAAGGAAGAAGAAGAUAAAGAAGAAGAAGAGGAAGUGGAAACGUUCCAUAAAUACGAGGAAGAACUAGAAAUAAACGACUUCCCUCAACAAGCUCGAUGGAGAGUCACGUCGAAGGAAGCUUUGGCUCAAAUCGCCGAAUAUUCGGAAGCCGGUAUCACCGUCCGAGGCACGUACUAUCCACCUGGUAAAAAUCCACCCGAAGGUGAUCGUAAAUUAUACUUGGCUAUCGAAAGUGUCAACGAGUUGUCCGUCUCGAAGGCCAAAGUCGAGAUCACCCGGUUAAUCAAAGAAGAAUUGCUCAAAUUGACGACGGCUGCCCAUCAUGUUGGAAAUAAAGCCAGAUAUAAAGUUUUGUAAAGCGUUGAUGUCCGUAGCUCCCCCCCCCGGUCUUUUUUUUUUGUUGACUUGUAUUCGAUGGUGUUCUCUUUAUUUAUGUUUUGUAUUUGAACGACUCCGGUCGGUUGAGUGACUUUUUGGACUAAAUAUAUGAUAUUGAUGUAUACAUACAGGGUGUCAUGGCGCAGAAUAACGUCCUUUCGGCUUUCGCCAGUAACAUAGACAACCUGUUUGCCUACCUUGGGAAUUGAAGUGGCCGAAUUUUACUCACAUGAAAAAUUUUGCAUAAUGUACUCAGGAUGGUUGCCUAUGUUGCUGGUGAGAGGGCGUUAUUCUGUUCCGGGAUAUCCUGUGUGUGGUUAUGAGUUUUUUAUGAAAUAUUUUUACGUGCGUUCUUCAGCUAACGUAAGAUGUAGUAAGCAAUUGAUUUUUUUCCCUUCUCAGAAGUAUCUCAACUUAUUGUUUGUACAGCAUAACUUUGUAUUUUUGUUUUGUAAAAUAAUCUAUCAAAUAAAUACAAAUGGGACGUAUUAAAGAA